AUGGCUGAAUCGCACAGACUCUACGUCAAGGGAAAGCACAUCUCCUACCAAAGAUCCAAGCACGUCACUAACCCAAACACCUCGCUCAUCAAGAUUGAGGGAGUUGCCAACGCUGACGAGGCCAAGUUCUACCUUGGUAAGAGAAUCGCUUACGUUUACAGAGCCACCAAGGAGGUUAGAGGUUCCAAGAUCAGAUGUAUCUGGGGAAAGGUUACCAGAACUCACGGAAACAACGGACUGGUGAGAGCACAAUUUAAGAACAACUUGCCAGCAAAGACUUUCGGUGCUUCUGUCAGAAUCAUGCUGUACCCAUCCAACAUCUGA